CCGGAAACCAGUGGGGGUGACACGGGCAGCUCCGCAUUGCGUCCCCGCUUUUGACGACAGAUAACUAAAACAACCCGCGCCAUUCCGAAUCGAGGAGGUGUCAACCACGUCUCGGCAAUCCCGGUCUCCGCGUCAACACCCACCAUUACCAAUCGCCUUUUAUAUGCUGCGUCAUCCCCAACACUGAUGUCUGUUUGACCACCUCGAGUUCCAACCGUCUUUCGAUCACGAAGGAAAUCAUCAUCAGCAACCAUGGAGAAGGGAAUCUCUCUCCCGGUGGCCUACACGCCCACGCCGGCCCCGGCAUCCAACAACCGAUGCAAGUCCCUCAAGACCGUCGCCAAAGCCCUCGCUCUCGGUCUUCCCCUCUACGCCCUCUACGCCUGGCACACCAACCAAGCCGUCCUCCCCUCGGCCCUCUCCCGCUCGUCGUCCGCAAACGUCAACUUCGCCUCCCAAUGCGUGCAACCCUCCCCGCUCAAGCCCAGCCAAAAUGACAAGCUCGACCAAGCCUACGACUUCCUCUCCACCGAGGCAUUCCUCAACACCUCGGUCGCCCGCCUCUCCGGCGCCGUGCGCGUCAAAUCCGAGUCCUUUGACGACCUCGGCGCCAUCGGCGAAGACCCGCGCUGGGACGUCUUCUACGACUUCGCCGCCUAUCUCGAGAAGACUUUCCCGCUGAUCCACUCCAAGCUGCAAGUCGACAAGGUCAACACCCACGGCCUGCUCUACACCUGGCAAGGAUCCAACAAGGACCUCAAGCCCACCUUGCUCAUGGCCCACCAGGACACCGUCCCCGUGCCGCCCGAGACGAUCCCCGCGUGGACGCACCCGCCUUGGUCCGGCGAGUACGACGGCAAGUACAUCUGGGGCCGCGGGGCGGGCGAUUGCAAGAACCAACUGAUCGCCAUCAUGGAGACGGUCGAGCUCUUGCUUGAAUCCGGCUGGGAGCCCAAGCGGACGAUUUUACUCUCCUUCGGUUUCGACGAGGAGUGUUCGGGCCGGCAAGGCGCCGCGUCCCUCUCAAAGUUCAUCGAGGAGCGUUACGGCAAGGAUUCGUUGGCGGUGAUCGUCGACGAGGGCUCCACGUUUGAAAAGACCUGGGGCACGCUCUUCGCCAAACCCGGCACGGCCGAAAAGGGAUACUCAGACAUUUACAUCACCGUCCGCAUGCCCGGCGGCCACUCGUCCAUCCCGUCGGACCACACCAGCAUUGGUGUUUUGAGCGAGCUGAUCACGCGCAUCGAAGCGGAGCAGUACCGCACCCAUCUGGAAGAGGAAAACCCGUAUUUCACCCAGUUGCAAUGCGGCGCUGCGCAUUCGCCUCAGUUUUCGCACAAGCUGAAGAAGUUGCUCCGAGCCCACCACCGCCACUCUUCUUCUCCUUCUUCUUCUUCGGGCCGCCAGCAGCAACACUCGGAAACCUGCAAGGCCAAAGUCAAACCCGAUUACCUCGCCCUCGAAGCCGCUGCUCAGGGCGGCCCAGCAAUCAAAUACCUCAUGCAAACCUCUCAAGCCGUGGACGUCAUCGCAGGCGGCGUCAAAGUCAACGCCCUCCCGGAGCGUGUUCAGGUGACGGUUAAUCACCGCAUCAACAUUGGCGAAACUCCGCAGGUAGUCUACGACCGAUUGACGAAACUCGCCGCGCACGUCGCGAAGAAGCACAACCUUUCCCUCCACGCUUUUGAGUCCCCCUCCUCCUCCACAGAAAUCGAACCAGCCAACUCCAUCAUCCUAACCAAAUCCGAUCACGAACUCUUGGUAGCACCCGUCACCCCCUCCCAAGUAAACCCCCACGGCCCGGCGACCCCUUUUUCGGUAUUAGCAGGCACCACCCGCGCGCUUUACGGGGAGGAAGUCAUUGUGACUCCCGGAAUUAUGACGGGCAACACGGACACGCGAUACUACUGGGACCUCACGAAACAUAUCUUUCGGUGGGGACCGGGGUAUGAUCCGGCGGAUGAUGAUUCGGGACUGGGGAGUAUACAUACGGUUAAUGAGCGGGUGAGUGUCAGGGGACAUGUUAAUGGGGUUAAGUGGUUUUGGAUGUUUUUGAGGAAUAUGGAUGAGGUUGAUGUCGAGUAAGGUAUAGAUUGGUGGGAGUGGGUGGUUUGGAGGUCGAGAGUUGGGAAGGGAUAUGGUUUCGAUAGAGCUUAACUUACCGCACCACCCCUUUUGUCUUGCCGCACCAUAUUUUGACUUGCCGCACCAUAUUUGCCCUACAUAAUAGCCAAUGAUAGCUAAUAUAUAAAACCCUACGUUUUAUAUAGUAAAACCAGCCCGUAAAAUAUUUUAAACAUUUAGUCAUAUUAACGAAAAAACUUGGC